UUACGCAGUGUCAGCUGACAGUUGUACGUCAAGUAAUUUGUCAAUUUAAUAAUAUUUCGUCCAAAAUGACGUCACAUUCAAGUUUUUGUCAAAUUCUUCAAAGCAAUUCUUAUUUUCAUGACGAACCUGGGAUAAGCAAAAAAUAGAUAUACAUUAUGCGUUUCUAAGAAUGCAAGGUUGAUUUUCUUUGACACAUUUGCUAGGUAUUGUCUAUCAUGGACAGUGAAAGUAUACAACCUUGUGAAAUCAAGGAAAAUAAUGACAAUAUAAUGGAAAAAAAUAUCAAGGAAAAUGAUGAUAAUCUAAUGGACAAAAAUAUAAACGAAGAUUCUAUAUCACAACAUUCAAACAGCAAAUUAGCAUUAGGUACAGAGGAUAAUGAACUAUGCUUAUACCAAACUAAGGAAACAGAAGAUAUACAUGAACAAUCAACGGAAUUAUAUGAUAAACAUGACACACUGCCAAUGUCAGAGGAAGAAUCAGGAUCAAACGCAGGAAGUUCAAUAUGUGAAUCUAGUUUUAUAUCUAAACCGAGGCCGCAAAGAGUAUCAGAAUCGGCUAAACCUGGGAGAUCUAUUAAGGAAGCCUUACAUUCUCAGAGAAAAAUUUCCUUAGACCCAAGGCUGAUGUACGGCAGAGGAAUUGGACGGGUACUGUAUGAGGAAGCACCGUCUAGAAAAAGCUCUUUGGAAUCUUUUAUGUACCCGUAUGUACCGAAAAGCCGAAAAUCGUCCUUAGACCCUUUUUUCAGUGCGCCUUAUCCACACCAUAAAAUAUCAGUGACAUCCAACUCGUUGUAUGGAAGCGGCGGUUAUCUAGACUAUACAGAGGACACAUGUGAAACACUGCCCCAUGCCGAUCACUACAGUGACGUACUCUCAAUAAUACCAGAUAUAAGACAACGAGCAACUUUGGACGAACUGCGGGAGGAUGAUGUUUCACAACCAAGAACCCCAUGUACAGUAGUGGAAGGAUUAUUUGACGAGGAAUUGAAAGAUGUCGAAGAAGAAGAGAGCAAUCCGGUGAAGGACACUUCUGUUGUUAAGUUUGGAUGGAUACAAGGCGUUUUGGUUCGGUGUUUGCUAAAUAUUUUUGGUGUAAUGUUAUUCCUGCGUCUGACGUGGAUUACUGGACAAGCAGGAACACUAUUGUCAUCGGUCAUCAUACUUCUCUCUAUGAUAGUCACACUCAUCACAUCAACGUCAAUGUCGGCCAUAUGUACAAACGGAGAGGUCAAAGGAGGUGGCGCAUACUAUAUGAUAUCUAGAAGUCUUGGACCAGAGUUUGGUGGAUCUAUAGGAAUUGUGUUUUCAUUAGCAAAUGCAAUAGCCGCGGCAAUGUAUAUUGUAGGCUUUGCUGAAACAGUCAGAGACAUAAUGUGGGAAAAUGAUGCUGUGAUUACUGGCGAUAGUUUACAUGAAGUAAGGAUCAUUGGUGGUAUUACAGCUGUGUUGUUGGUGGGAAUUGUAGUGGUUGGAAUGGAGUGGGAAGCCAAGGCACAGUUGGGACUCUUAGCCAUUUUGGUGACCGCUGUUAUCACUUUUAUCGUUGGGACCUUUAUUCCUCCAAGUGAUGAGAAAAUAUCAAAAGGUGUUGUGGGAUACAAAGGUACAGUCUUCAUGGAAAAUAUUGGUCCUGAUUUCAGACAGGGCGAGAGUUUUUUCUCGGUCUUUGCGAUAUUUUUUCCUGCAGCAACUGGUAUUCUUGCAGGAGCUAACAUAUCUGGCGAUUUAAAGGAUGCACAGAAAGCUAUACCAAAAGGAACAUUAUUGGCUAUUGUUAUAACAGGAUUUGUUUACCUCUUGAUUGUAUGGACAGCUGGAUGUUGUAUUCUCCGUGAUGCAAUCGGACCUGUAGCGGCAGCUCAAAUGGCUUAUCAGUCAAAUACGAGUAUUGCUCAUGUGUUGUCCAAUAUAUCUAUCGUGUCAGAUUGUUCCCUUGUUAAUGGAACAUGCGAGUAUGGUCUACUGAAUGACAAAGGGGCAGUUGGAAUUGCGUCUGCCUUUCGACCUAUUAUCCUAGCUGGAAUAUUCUCAGCUACGCUUUCGUCAGCUUUAGCUAGUAUGAUAGGAGCACCAAAAGUAUUUCAGGCAUUGGCAAAAGAUAAACUGUUUCCAUAUAUUCACGUUUUUGCUGAAGGGCAAGGCAAAAGUAAUGAACCAGUUAGAGGAUACAUUUUAACAUUCGCCAUUUGUGUAGCUGUUACAUGUAUAGGUGACCUUGACGUAAUAGCGCCAAUUAUUUCCAACUUCUUUCUGAUGUCAUAUACCCUGAUAAACUACUCUUGUUUUAAUGCCUCAGUUGCAAAUACUCCAGGUUUUCGACCAGGGUUCAGGUACUACAACAAAUGGGUUAGUUUAAUAGGAAGUUUACUGUGCUUCGCCAUUAUGUUUAUGAUCAACUGGUGGGCAUCAUUGGUAACAUUUGUGAUUGUGGGUGGUCUGUAUAUGUAUGUCCACACUACUAAACCAGCUGUAAAUUGGGGAUCGUCAACUCAGGCACGUGCGUAUAGUAGUGCUCUGACAUCUACUCUACAUUUACUCAAAGUUGAUGAACAUGUGAAAAACUUCCGUCCACAGAUAUUAGUGAUGUCUGGAUUUCCCAGAAACAGGCCUGCGUUAACAGAUUUUGUAUCAGCUAUAACUAAGAAGCAAAGCUUAUUGGUCUGCGGACACAUAUUUAUGGGAGAUAUGUCAGACCAUGUACAGAAACUUCGAUCUACAGCAGCAUAUAAGUGGUUUGAGAAAAGAAAAAUACGUGCCUUUUAUAACAGUGUUGUUGCACCAAAUUUACGUAUUGGCGCUCAGGUGUUGAUGCAGGCUUUAGGUGUAGGAAAACUGAGACCAAAUACCUUGAUGCUUGGUUAUAAAACAGGAUGGCAAAAUGCUGAUCCAAUGGAAAUGGAAGAAUACGUCAAUAUCAUUGAAGACGGAUUAGAUUUAAAAUAUGGUGUGGGAAUACUACGUGUGAAAGAUGGAUUUGAUAUAAUGAGAGUCCCAGACGACAGUUACACAUUAGAGUUUUCUGACUCAGAAGAAGAAGAAGAAUCGUCUGACGAUGAAGAAGAAAACAAAAAUGACAAGAAAAAAAGAGCAGAUGUGUCAACUAUAAAUGAAAAUGGUAGCAACGGAAAGAGUUUUACCAAACAGAGAAAAAUAAAUUCCAAUCGAUUAAUGUCUGUACCUGAAGGUUUCGAGAAUCUUGGAUUUGAAAAUGAAAAUUCGAAGAGUACAAGUACAGUAAAGUCGAGUAGACCUGUUUUGACAUCUUCUGUAUCUAAAGAUUCUGUAAAAACCUUUCGAAAUAAACUCCAGGGAACAAUAGACGUUUGGUGGCUUUAUGAUGAUGGAGGACUGACAUUGUUAAUACCAUAUAUUCUGUCAAAAAGAAGAAUGUGGAAAAACUGUAAAUUAAGGGUGUUCUGUGCUGCAAGCAAGAAAGGACAGCACGAAGAAGACGAAGCUAGGAUGACAUCACUGCUGAAGAAGUUUCGAAUAGACUUUGUUAAAUUAACAAUUGUAAAGGAUCUAACGAAAAAGCCAACACUUGCCAUGUACAAAAAGUUUGAGGCUAUGAUAAGAAAAUGGAGAUUAAAAACUGGAGAAUAUUCAUCGGAAUAUCCAUGGAAGAUAAACGAUGGAGACCUCAUUUCUAAUAAACUAAAAACUUACAGAUAUAUUCGAUUACGGGAUCAGUUGCUAACGCAUUCACAGGAAGCAUCAUUAGUUGUAAUAACCUUACCGAUUCCUAAAAAGGCCUCCUGUCCAGGAGCUUUAUAUAUGAGUUGGUUGGAAACAUUAACAGAAGGAUUGCCUCCAACUUUACUAUUACGUGGAAAUCAACAGAGCGUACUAACAUAUUAUUCUUGAGAAUAAAAAAUUUCAUCAUGACAGUGAAAAAUGUUAUACUAAACAUUUUAAUGAUGUCAAAAAGAGUGAACAUUUUGCCUUGUAAAUAUUAAGUGAUGUUUUUAGAUAUAUAACGUUCAUGUUUUGUUUUUAUAGACUUUGAUAUUGUUUAUAAUGUCUGAUAUUAACAAUAUGUUGUUUUCAAUAUUAUUUAAUAUGAACAAAAAGCAUUCGAUAAACAAUGCUAACUUGUAAUAUGAAAAAUACAGAUGCUACAAAAAGCGUUUUUUUAAUGUUUGAUGAUAUUUUGUAAAUACUUUUUGUCCUUUUUUUGGUACAUAAAAUUCUCAUUUUCUUAAAACUUAUUGAAUUUCCAAAAAGUUUGGCCUUGAGUAUCACUAUGGAGACAAUUAUUGCUGAAAUGACUUCUGGUGCAAACAACCUUGGCACCAUUAAUGUAAUCAUUACCAUUUGGUCGAUACAUCUGGUUAUGAAUUGUUAGUUCCCGAGGGUAUAAAAAGUCCAGUAGCUUGGUAUUUACUAUGCACAUAUUGAUAUUGUGUUUAUUUAUGGAUAUUUUAAUUUAAAAUUUUCUUUUACAAAAGUUUGAAAAUUGUUUAAAAUGAAGGAACAUAUCUUUAUCACGCGAGCUCCUACCAGGGUUUAACUUGUGUCCUUUUAGGUGUAUAGGCUCUUUAUUUAAGUCUCUCUUGCGACGAAAGUUGCAAUUUGCGAGACAUAGGUAUUACAAUCUGGCAGCGGUUACGGUGUAAACUAUUUGUUUCAAGCUUUAGAAUUCAGCAGGUAGAAGAAUGUCUACCGUUUAUCCUAUGUCUAUUGUCCUUCAUCUCAUUGUUAUGGUUCAGUGACCGCUUGGAAAAAAAUCAGAUAUUUGUUUAGUGACUCACUUAUAAUUAGUAUUAGCAUAGGUAUAUGUGAUGUUGGUUCCUUGCAAUGUUAACAUGCUUGGGGUAACCUGAUCUCGAUCUCAUUCCAUAAUCCAGUCUUGAAGGGUGAAGUUAUUUAGUCAAGUCCUUUACUCAUUACAUACACCAAAUACAAGUUUUUGCAAUUUGGUCUAUAUCUCAGAUACUAUCAGGAAUAUGGCAACUAUAUUUGGUGUAUGGUAGAAUUAUAUAGGGUUUCAUAUAAGCUAGAUCUCAUUUACAUGGUUCACUAGACAACGUAUAUUGCUCAGAUCAUAUUGGCAAUAGGUUAAUUAUAUUUAGUGUAUGGAAUAAUUGUAAGGUAUACAUGUUUGUCUGGCAGAUUUUAUAUGACUUUAGCCUAAUUUUCAUUGUUCACAGUUAAUGAUGAUUUUUUUUGUAAUUUUGUACGUUAAUCAAAUACUAUUAGCAAUAGGUCAAAUAUGUUUGGUGUAUGGGGUGGUUACGGUAGGUAUAGUGUCCGGCUAGGAUCGUGGUUUUUCAAGUGUUUUGAUCCGGCUUUUUCGAGCGUAACCGUUAUAUUAUGUAUGAUAGUAUUUGAUAUAGAAAGAUAUUACUAACCCAACAUUAUUUUUCUUUAUAAAACGUUAAAAUAAGCCUUAAAAUGCUUUAAUUCCAAUAUACCGAAUAAAGCCAUUUUUAUACACAUAACACUGAUACUGUCGAAGGAAAUGCAUACAUGAAAUCUAUAUAUCCUUAGAAAUACAGACACUGUACAAAAAUUCUUGUUCUUGCAUUGAAAAGGACAUAUUGAGACUAAGUUAAUUUUUUUAUGUUCGUUUUUUUUCGAGAGCAGUCCGGGAUUUUUCGAGUGUGUCCAAUUUUUUUCGAGCGAUUAUACCAAUUGGCUUUAGUUAAAAAUGCUAUUUGUCAGUGUAUUUACGAUUAAAAAUAAUAAACAAAA